GUAAGUGUUGGUACAUCUUGUUUUAUGGGGGUUUGCAUUCUUCCUUCUCAUACUUCUGCCCCCUUACCUUGCACCAAGCCCGGACAUCACAUUUAGCCGUCAGAAGACCGAGACCGGCUGAGGCAGAGAGAGUCCAGUCCCCGUCGCGGCUCCUAUGGACACUCACCAACUUAAGCCCACUUUUCUUGUCUGAUCGGACGGCCCCCAUCCCCUGCCACACUGGAUUGUGAUUAGUCCAAUCGCAAUCCUUGCCCUCACCCUGAUUUCCUCCUGCCUGCUCUUAGAGUGUCAGGCCAUCGUGCACCCACUCCACCCUCGCCCCCAGCACCUGCAUGGUUGGCCCACUCUUGGUGGUCCAACUGUUCACUUUCCUCUUUUUUUAUGGCUCCUGGCGCCUGGCGAACCUAACCUAACACCUUGUGCUCAUUAUUGCGGUUUUAUUGGAACGGUCAUCGACUCAUCCAUUCCUGUGGACUCUGCAACCGCUUUCUAUUCUUCUUGCCCCUGUUCCUCACCUCCUUCCUCACAGGAGACUGGUCGUCAUUUGAUCCUUCUUAUUGGCUCUGGACUAAAAUCUUCUGCUCUGCCCUUUCCGCCUCUAGGGAAAAAAGAGCCUCCGAACAGACCUUAUCGCGCAAUCCUCCUCCGUACCACCUACAUCGACUCCUAUCGCAAUCUUCACGACCCUCCCUCCCAUCCCUGAGCAUCUGGGGAAUCCUACUUUAGCCUGUGCUCACGCCCUUUUUUUUCUUCUUUUUUUUUUUUUACCUACUCCGGCUUGCCAAUCUCCGUCGCCUUCCCCCGACCGCUGGGAAUUACACCCUAUCGCCGUCGAUCAGCGGUCGCUUUAUUCGACGACGGCACCUCAAUCUUUGACCUCCAUUCGUCAUUGACGUUCCUUCCUACCUUUCAUGAUGGCGGCAACUCUGGAUCCGCCCCGCUUGGAUCUCCCAGGGGGUGGUAACAUUGUCGAGCUCGAGUCUGUCUCUAUUACACCACCUCAGAGCGCCAACGGGAAGAAGGAUGCGCCUGAAGGGGUGCCCUCGGAGUUGUCAGACCUCGAGCUAGACCCCAAGUCCACUGCAGUGCCUGGGGAACCUACGAUCAAGCGGGAGCAAUCGGAAGAAGCAGAAGAGCCUACCGAGGAUAUUGAACCUGACCAUUACUAUGGUGGUGGAAAGGUUCCAGUCUUCAAGCCAACAAUGGACCAAUUCCGCGACUUUCAAUCCUUUAUCAAGAAGAUUGAUAAGUAUGGAAUGCAAGCGGGUAUCGUGAAAGUGAUUCCCCCAAAGGAAUGGACCGAAUCACUACACCCUUUAGACGAUGCAGUCAAGACGGCCAAUAUUGAACGACAGCGCACAUAUCAUUUGCCCCAGUGGAAGGGUCUGUGCGAAGAAAGUAGUCACCAACCGCCUGCUCGCCGCGGAGAGCGACGUCGAAACCAAGAACGGGUCAACCGAGCCGCUCCCACACCACGACCUCAAGUUCCACGUCCAGAGGGUCAGAAGCGUCGCCCUGGCCGACCUCCCAAGCGUGGCAAUCAAGUCAAAGUCAAGGACGAGCCUACCGAUGAUGAUGAUGCAGAGAAGUCUAGACCCGAAGGGCCUCCGACCCCUGUUUCACCUGAGUCUCUUCCAGUCGAGACGAAAAGCGAGGACUUGAGCGAUGGUGAAUCCCUUCCGCCCGCCAAGCCCAAAGGAAGACAGCCAAAGUCUGUAACGGCCCGUCGCAAAAAUAACCGCGGCGAGACCGUUGACCACGUGGACGAGGAAGCUUUCAAGGAGUUUGAUUACCGCAUCCAUGAUAAUGAGGAUUACACGGCAGAGAGAUGUGAGGAGCUAGAGACCGCCUAUUGGAAGUCGCUCAUGUUUAACAACCCGAUGUACGGUGCCGACAUGCCGGGCUCCCUCUUCGACGACUCGACUACUUCGUGGAACGUGGCCAAAUUGCCUAACCUGCUUGAUGUUCUUGGACAGAAAGUCCCCGGCGUCAACACGGCGUAUCUGUAUUUGGGAAUGUGGAAGGCCACGUUCGCAUGGCACUUGGAAGACGUUGAUCUCUACAGUAUCAACUACAUCCACUUUGGUGCCCCGAAGCAGUGGUACAGCAUCUCGCAGGCUGACGCCCCCAAGUUUGAAGCGGCCAUGCGCAGCAUAUGGUCUAGCGAUGCCAAGAAUUGCGAUCAAUUUUUGCGCCACAAGACCUACUUGGUCUCUCCCAGCUUGCUGAAGUCUCAGUAUGGCAUCACCGUCAACCGCCUGGUCCACUACGAAGGAGAGUUUGUCAUCACCUUCCCAUAUGGCUAUCACUCUGGCUACAACAUUGGUUACAACUGUGCCGAAUCCGUCAACUUUGCCACGGAGCGAUGGCUGGACUAUGGUCGUAUCGCCAAGAAGUGCAACUGUGAAGCUGAUAGCGUCUGGAUCGACGUGGAUGAAAUCGAGCGCAAACUCCGCGGCGAAGCCACCCCCGACUACUAUGGGGAUUACGACAGCGAGCUGGAGGGGUUCGACGGUGCUUCGGAUAUGCUCACGCCUCCACGAAGCGUGCCCGAGAAGCCUUCCACCCGUGGGCGAAAGCGGAAGAAUGCGGGUGACGGGCCGCGAACCAAACGACCGAAACUCCACCUCGAAGGCCCGCGGAAGAUCCCAUGUUUACUCUGCCCGAACAAUCUCGAUUAUGAAGAUUUGUUGCCCACAGAGGAUGGCAAGGGACAUGCUCACCGCCGAUGUGCAUUGUUCAUCGAGGAGACCUCGAUUCUCCGAGAUGCGUCCGGUAACGAGGUGGUAUGUGAUAUCGACAAGAUUCCCAAGGCGCGCCUGGGAUUGAAAUGUCUCUUCUGCCGUGAGGUUCGUGGAGCUUGCUUCCAAUGCAACUUUGGAAAAUGCACCCGUGCCUAUCAUGCCACAUGUGCCCUGCUGGCUGGUGUUCAGGUUGAGCAUGGUGCAUUUGCUGUCAUUGCCGAUGAUGGCCAGCAGUACGCAUUACCGAGUGUGGACCUCAAGUGCAAAUUCCACCGACAAAAGCGACCCACGGGACUUUUGGUUGAAUCAUCCGAUCUGGAUCGUCGGGUCAUUGAAGCUGCCGGGCGUUUGGUGCAGGGAGAUUUGAUUCAGUUCCAAGCCGACAAGGAGAUUAAUGGCGCCAUUGUGUUGGAGAACCGCCCGGAGGAGCGGAGUCUCUUAUUGAAGGUUUUGCCGCGAGGAGAUGUCAUCGAAAUGCCAUACCGCUGGAUGCUGGUGGUACGCAAGAGCAAUUUCGUGCCCCUCGCACCGGGCAUCCAACCCCUCCCGGCCCACUUAGCGCGCAAGCCCGACUCGAGAAAGGAAUUGGAGGCUGCCGUCCCGGUCGCAGGCAGUGCAUUUGGAGACAGUCGAUCUCCCUAUCAGUGGGCUGAAUUCGAGACGGUGGAUGGAGCUAGGAAUCAAUUCGCCCCACCAGUCCGGGUGAACCUGGACAAAGAUGAGCAGGUGUGGCAUUACUUGGGCACGCAGUCCACCGAGAGUAGGGCACAGUAUACGCACAACCCUAGCGUCCCCGUCCACAAUCCGCGGGCCAAUUUCCUGGACAGCGUCAAGUCGCUUGGCGUGGCUGGUGGUGUCAAUGCUCGUGCAUCGAAGAUCCCCCCCCACCGUCCAUUCCAUUAUGCUGCAACCGCUCCUGCCCCUCCUUACCAGCAAAAUCUUUACGCCCAACACCGAACAUCGCUGCUACAACAAAACCAACACCGCCUCACGCCAACCUUGAAUGCUGCCAACUUCGCUCCCCCUCACCUACAAUCUUCCUCCUCCUCUCCCUCCUCGUCAUCGCUCCGACCGCCCUCGUUCGCCGCCGCCGCCUCCUCCGCCUCCUCUUCCUUGCAGUACCUUGCCCCUCCCCCUCCCCCUACCCCUGCUGCUGCUACCGGUGCUGCUGCUGCUGGACCUGCGAUGCCGUCGGCCUUUCGAACUUUGCCGAAUUCAUCGAUCCGCCAUGCCCCCUACCCCACGGUCGCCAAAUCGCAUGCUCAGCAGCAGCACCACCUCACUUCCACCAAUACCUUUGCCAACGUCCGUGACCUCAUCGCCCGUCGCCGCCUGGCCCAAAUCACCGAACAUGCCAACGUGUUCGCCGGGUACACGAUCGUCAGCCCGGAAUUGGUGGUAGAAACUCUGCUGGGCCCUAUGGGAUCGAUUCCUCCGAUCAAUGGCCUCGAAAAACUCGAGCUCGCCAUGGCCCAGCAGCGGGUGCAGCCCCGGGCGGCCGAUGGGACCUUGCUGCCGCCCCAAACUCUCAAUAUGCGGGCGGAUGAGGUCGCUCGGCUUCUUCAGAUGCUUCGAUUCUCGUUGGUCAGCCACCGCGAGCGAUUAGAUGUUAUCCAGAAGAAAGAGUCGGAGGGGGUCAAGCAAGACAUUGUCGAUCAAGGGAGUGUUGCCGCGGCGAGGAUGCCCGGGAAAUAUGCCUUUUUGGAUCAGCAACGAGCCAAGGCCCCCAACGUGUAUCAGUCCCCGUAUAAUAUGCCAUCUGGUCUAUCCGAAUACGCAAAGACCGCGUACGGGCUGAUUCCAUCUCCGGACGAUCCGCCUAAGUCGUCCCUCGCCAAUGACUUCUUUGCCCGGCUCCCCCAGGCCGAUAAGGAGAAAAUCAUGAGGACGUGCGGGAGCUUUGUGCAACGUGCCAUUGAGCGGUCAACCAGUCAUAGUCGACACAGUUCAACGGCGUCGAAUUUACGAUUGUCAUCGGCCCUGGCACAACAGACGCAGAACCCAACCAUUGACAUCACAACGGCGGACGAUCCCCCGCUCUCCGGUCUAGACCUACCUCUUCAUGCCGAUUCGCCUUGCUCCAGCUUUGGUCGGUCGCAUAUGCGGUUUCCCUCGCCCAAUGACUUCCCUACCCACGGACCAGACCCCCAACCCGAUCACCACGAUCUCUUUGGUGAUCAACAGGCCAACACUCGGUUCUGGCAGAACGGGCCGUGGGUCGCUGGCGACGGCAACACUCCAAACGAAGAGAAUCGGCCUUUCUUCGGGCCACAUCUCUUUGGACCUCAUGAACGACUCAAGCAUGACUAUGCAUCCUCUGAUAUCUCCUUGGGCAAAGGACCUGGCUCUCUACAUUCGGUCGAUAUGGCCGGAUUCGGACCCGAUGCGGCCGACGAUCUCCUGACGGGAGGACUCAGUCCAUGAACUCAUGGGGAUCGACCUCGAUUCUUUCGAUUCGCGAGCUUGUCGAGUGCUUCUUUUGCGACCUUUGUACCUUCCCAUUGUCCACCAUCUCUUCUCGCGCUUUGCCUUCCCUGCGACUGUACUGCAUCUACCUCAUGUAACGACUUCACCGGACUGACGACUGCAUGAAUGGGCGUUUUCUUCUGCUCUUCUCCCUCCCCCAUUUUCAUCCCUGACCUUGAUUCACGAUCGUUCCGCACGACACGGGGUCAUGUUUCUUAUGAUUUAUUCCAUCUUUGUUUCCAGGAGUUGAUACUAGCUGGCUGGUUAUGACUCAGCGUUUGAUUACCGUUUUGAUUUUCUUUCCCCCUUCCGUGCCCCUCCACCCUCUCCGUGGACACGAAUUCCGUUUGGAACGCUACUCUGGUUGAUUCUAUCCACCGGGGUGGCUGUAUAGACUGGGAGUCUGUCGACCCUCAAAAAUCACCCCAUUCGCUCCCCCUUUUCUCUUCAUCCCGACCUUUUCCUCCUUUUGACAUCUUUGCCGCUUCGCCUCCCCAACAACUACUACCCCCCGUUCUCCACCGAUUCGCUCCCACGUGUUCGAUAUCUCAGGGCCUACUUCCGCCCGCCGACUCCGAUGAUCGAUCUAGAUCUCCUUUCAGAUCUCCCUCUAGAUCUGCCUCCCCCAUGUCCGACUAGAUACUCAAACAAGAAAAAGAUUUCUCCCCCAAACCUACCGGACGUCCAUAUCUGUGCACCCCCCCCCCCCCAUUUCCAUGUUUGAUACCCCCCCUUUCCUUGCACCCUUCGCACUCGGGUUGCUGACCGUGUGGCAUCGUGGAUUUUCUGGUUCACGCUUUUUUCUUCUUGCCCGGUCUCUUCCCUUUGCUCCCCCUUUUUUUCCUGUUCUGAGUGAUGAUUAUCUUGGCGCUCAUCGAUGGCCCCGUGCGCUCUUCGGGGCGGCCAUCUUAUUCCGAUGUGGCAGCCGUCACCCUCUGGGUGACCUUUUUUUUUUUUCUCAAUGAUAGUGGAAAUCAAAAAAAUGAUAUUCAAGUACACGUUCA